GUUUAUUUAUUAGUAUUUUGUUGACACGCUCACUUUCUUUCUAUUUCUGAGCAAUUUCCGCUAAAUUUUCCAUUCACUGCACAUUUUGCAUACACUUCUCUUUCUCUCUCUCUUUCUCACAGUUCCCAUUUUCCACUUGUGACCUCUCACCUCAACGAUUCGUGCGUGUUUGUAAUCGGUAAGCGAUGGUAGCUGCUGAAUCAUGGUUUCGAAAUCUAUGGAAGACUCAUCGUAAAGAUGAUUCUAAUUCUGAGAAAGCAGUGAUUGGAGUGUUGGCAUUUGAAGCUGCGAAAUUGAUGUCUAAGCUUGUUAAUGUGUGGCAGUCAUUGAGUGAUAAACAGGUUGCCAAGUUGAGAGACGAGAUUUCAAAUUCGGUUGGGAUCAAGAAGCUUGUUUCAGAUGAUGAGAAUUUUAUCGUUCGUCUAAUCAGUCAAGAGAUGCUUGAGAGUAUGGCAUAUGUUGCCGAAUCUGUGGCUAGGCUUGCGAAGAAAUGCAGCGAUACGAGACUGAAGGAUUUCGAGAAGGCCUUCGAUAGGUAUAUAACCCGCGGUUUUGAUUCAUAUGGGUGGGUAAUGUCUUCUAAAAAAAUGGAAAAAAAGGUUAAAAGGAUGGAAAAGUUUGUAUCGAUUAAUGCAGGCUUGUACCAAGAGAUGGAAAUGCUCACUGAUCUUGAGCAUACACUUAAAAGAAUGAAGAAUUACAGUGAGUCGGACGGCCCGAAUUUAAUCGAGUAUCAGAAGCAGGUUGCGUGGAAGAGGCUCGAGGUGAAGAACUUGAAGUCUAAUUCUGUGUGGAACAGGACAUAUGAUUACACUGUACACUUUUUAGCGAGAUCUUUAUUUACAAUAUUCAGUAGGAUCAACAAUGUCUUUGGAAUUCCCGAGAUAACAAAUGUUGGUAGCAUAAAUCGCAGUCUUCCAAAUUCUGGUCACAUUCGCAGCAGUCAUUCGGUCUCGGAAUUAUUGCAAUCUUCAGGCCAUCCAUCCCAAAAUAAUGUUGCCAGAUUUGCUUCAGGACCCCUUGGUCCUUCUACUGCUAAAUCAGAUCAAAAUGUUAGAGCAAAUAAAACUAGCAUUUUUCAUUCUGUUGCCGACUCAUCCACAAAGUCAGGCCCGAUUUCAGGAAAGUAUAGAGGCAUCAAUUUUUUCUCAGGUCCUCUUGGAAGGAGUUCGAAAAAACCAGUCCCGGAUAAUGGAACAAGUAAAAACAACAAGUUUUGGAAGUUUAAUAAUGGCCACUCAACCACUGCAAGUGGGAAGGAAAAUAGCAUAAGGCACAGUCGAGCGACUCAAGUAGGACCGUUCAAAGGCUGUAUAGCUGAAGAUAGUUCCUCGGUCAUCGACUGUCACACAAACCUAAAUGAUAUUCCCUUAGAAACUAAGAAUCACAAAGGUGCUGAUUCAGAACUUCUUACUCCUGGAAACGUGACUCAUUCUACUAAACCGACAUUCAGUUCUCUUUGCAAGUUAAAGCCUCCGUCUGAAUCCCUCGGCGCUGCUUCUUUAGCGCUUCACUAUGCAAAUGUUAUUGUUGUGAUUGAGAAGCUAGCAGCCUCUCCGCACUUGAUUGGGCUCGAUGCAAGGGAUGACCUAUAUAACAUGCUACCGAGACGUGUAAGAGCUUCCCUCAGAACUAGGCUUAAGCCGUAUUCCAUGGCCGCAGCUGUCUACGAUGCAAGUCUAGCAGAAGAAUGGAGCGAAGCAAUGACAAAAAUAUUAGAAUGGUUAGCACCACUUGCUCACAACAUGUUAAGAUGGCAAUCCGAGAGAAGUUACGAGCAGCUGAGCUUUGUUUCGCGAACAAACGUGUUGCUGGUACAAACCCUUUACUUUGCAAAUCAAGAAAAAACAGAAGCGAUAAUCACUGAACUUCUCGUCGGUCUGAAUUAUGUAUGGAGAUAUGUUAAGGAGCUCAAUUCAGGUAUCUUUGAGAUUGGUAAUAGUGUAGUAGAUAAUGGAUAUCUUCAUCUGAAUGCAUAAAGAAGUUUUCAACAAGCUCAUGACAGCUUUCAACAGGUAUUAUGAGUAUGAAAGAAGUACUCACAUAAUCUAUGAUAGAAUUUGUGUUAGAAUGCAUUAAUGAUGAGGAAUGUGAUUAUGUUUUAAACAUUUAGCAUUAUUUUUUAUUCGAUGAGAUCCAAGCUGAUUUAACAUGAUCACCGGUCUUAUCUUUGAAAGGUUGACCUAUGGUUCCUUCCUGCUGUUGAGAGUGUGCAUAUAUGUUAAUUAAUUGUAUAGCUUUUAUUACCAUAAUGGUUAUUUCUAUAUGAUAUUUGAGUGGUUGGACAUGAUAAUUUGGAAA